AUGGCUAGAGAGCCUACAACAAAAUCGCAGUCAACUGCUCGAAGGCAUACCACCCUGCGGUCGCCGUAUACCACGCGGUCCAGAACCAAUGCCCUCUCAGCCGACCCUCGUAAUCCAGAGUACGAUUCCAGGAUGAGGAGCUUCUACCUCAAUAGGGUCCCAUGGAGUCCUCGGAGAGUGAUAUGUACAAGUGAAGCAAAAGAGUUCUUCGCAGAGGUCCAGGACAAGGGGUAUGUCCAGCAUUGUGCAACUUUCGACGAAGAUAUUCUCAUCUACAAAGUGGACGCUGUGGAGUCUUCGUCAAUGAGGCUCCCAGUUGUUAUCAUAUCGUCCAAGAACGCAGUGAACGUCAGCAGCAUGUCCCCUGGGGAGCGUGCGUGCUUGUACACUGUGUCGACCAAAAUGUACAGGCUGCUCGACACUGACAUGUUCCAGCUUUUCGUGGAAUCCCCCUGCAAGCGAUACAACGGGGAACCGGAGAUCCGGUACAUGGGGGUGUGUUCUGUCCUGGACUUUGGGGUACAGUUAAGCCUCAGGGGGUGGCAUGACUUGCCGGAAAAGGACAAGGCUAGUGUUAUCCGGCAUACGUCAUUAAGGUUCCCGUUGAUCGACAGGUCCACAAUCCGGGAUUUAUAUGACUGUGGAAUGGGCCAGCUCUCGAUGUUUAUCUUCCAGAGCUGGCAGGAGAAAUGGGAUGAGGGUGUAUCGGCUUGGGCAAGUCUUGAGCCGAUGCACCGAAGGAGGAGGAACAAUGUCGCAUAA